UCAACAGGAAAACAUUUUCGACGCGUUCUCUACGGUGCCAUUGGCGUGAUUCUCUCAUCAUAUGUCGUUCUAUUCAUCUUAGUGGUUUCCAGACACAUAGAUCAAAGUGUCCAAGAAGAACUGAGACGCUCUCUCAAAGAAGACUUGAACGGGGCCAACAAGGGCACGAGGCCAGUCAGCUUGGUGGGGGGCAUCGGCCCCAGUCUCCUGGGGAUGGAGAGGCUUCAUGAGAGGUGGGCCGCGGUGGCCCGAGUUCUUGCCACGAACGACGCCCGACCCCUCCAUGCACGAAGAAGAAUGCACAUUUGCACGCAGCCAAGGUUUCGAAAGCCUCCUGGACCCAUGAUAGCCCUAGCCUCAUUCCCUGGGUCGGGAAAUACGUGGAUCCGAUUCCUAAUACAACAAGCUACCGGUUAUCUGACGGGCAGCGUCUAUCGGGACUAUUCCUUGAAGAGGAACGGUUUUCCAGCUGAGAGUGUGGCCAAUGGAUCCGUCCUGCUGGUGAAGACUCACGAAUGGGGAGAGGCUACGAGACAGAAGUUCCAUAAAGCCGUCCUGCUCGUCAGAGAGCCCUACGGAGCCCUAGUCGCUGAAUUCAACAGGAGAGCCGGCGGACACGUGGGACACGCGUCCCCAGACAAGUUUCACAAAGGAAACGCUUGGCAGAAUUUUGUCUUGAGCCAUUCGAAAUUGUGGAUGGAAAGUAUAUUAGACUGGCUUCAAUUCAAAGGACCUCUUCUUGUUUUGCGGUACGAAAUCAUUACAUCUGAUUUGCCAGGAGAACUAAUAAAGCUCUUGAAGUUUCUGGAAGCAAACGUCACGUGGAACACCUUCCAGUGCGUUCUUCGGAACCGAGAUGGUAUCUUCCGCCGUGCCAAGAAGCGCCUUAGCUUCGAGCUGUUCGACGAACCAAUAAAACGGAUCUUAGACAAUUACAAAUCCAUUGUGGAUUUAGCCCUGCAGUACCACGAACAAGGAAUAAAAUUUGAUUUGAGCAAUGUGACACUGCUGCAGAGCAACCCCGCCAACUUUGCACAAAUGAAUACUAAUAUGUCAGUGCUUCCUGUGACGUACAUGGAGAAGGAACAGAAUGAAAAUCCCUCCUGAUAAUCCUUUGGGGAUAUGACUUUUAAUAGGCCAAUAUAGUCAAAAAUAGAUUCAGAAAUUUCAACUGGCUGCACGAGAUGUAAGAUGUUCUUGUCCAGCAAGAGGAGAGAAAUUUUCCAUUGAUGACGGAUGAGUAUUGUUCCAUGAAUAACUGACUUAGCUUUCGGUUUAUUCCUCGAAUUGAGGCGUUAAGUACCAUAACCAGCUCAAUGCAUGGAUUUUCAAAAGUCUUUUUUUUUCUUCUUAUUUUCAUACUUCUUUGUCAAUACUAUCAAGCUAGAAAGCAAUUUGGAGCAAAUCUCUCUCAAUCCAGUCAUAAACUGCUGUUCCAAACACCUUUUUUAACUUCAUAAUCAGCUCAACCUAUGUUUUUUACCAUAUAGCAACAGUUGAAAAGUAUAGCUAACAUAACAGCAUUUUCAAAUUGCUUAUUCAACUCUCAAUUUUAAUUGUACAGGCUAGUGCAGGGCAUCAAAUUGAGAUACAACAUCAAUUAAAAGGGAAUUAUAAUGGAAAAGUUAUCUUUUAAAAAAUUGCGUGUCGUAAAGAUACACAAUAGAAGUGAAACCUUUUGCUUUUUGUUCUACGUUCUGAAGCGUCACUUCACCCGCAUGUUUUCCCUCACUCUAUACACACUUGUUCUUUCUGCGCCGGACUUGCGCAUACUCACAACAAAAUUGUAUAUUUUAAUGACAAAAUCCAAAUAUAGGCUUGCUGAAAUUCAGCCUUAAAAUCAAUUUGUUACACAAAACUUAACUUUAUUUUUCAUUGCUUUUGCCAAAAUUAAAAAGCGGGAGUAUUUUAACUUUAGAAUUACUAUUAUUUUUCUUUGUUUUUGACAACAAUUAAAAAACAACUUUGUCACUUCCGUCACACAAAAAGGUUGCAGAUCAGAACUUUAAAGCCCUCACAUAAAAAGUUUCACUUAAAAAUCCUUUUUAGAUAUAUUAUGUAGCCUGAUUUAGUAUUUUUUUUUUUUUUUUUUUUUUUGUUUCCCUAGCAUUUUUUAAAAUGUGGAUUGAGCUGGUUUUGAUAACAAACACCUCCAUUUGUCAUUUAAAAUUAACCAGAAAAUCAUCGCUAACCGUUUCAUCAUUGCUCGUUGCGGUUUUCAUGAUAUUCGGUAUAGAAAUCGGUAUUGUGUCGAUUGAUGGUUCUCUUCGUACAAUAUUCUUGUGGUAGAAAAGACGAACCCGUUAAAAUGUUCCGACAUGAAUAGCCAUAUAUUUCAUCUGUAAAGCUUCUGACUCAUUUUAUCCAUACUUUAGCCACAUUGGCAGAUAAUUUUGAAUUUAAAAAACCAAUGUGAAGUUAAUAAAUAAAAGUUUGAAAUAAGAAAUUUAUUAGCCUUUUCCAUUUCAAAUUGCUCCUUUUCAGCAGCAAGGAAGUGAAAGUAAGAAGCUCAGAAAUAAGUUCUAUUUUGAAUGCGUAUAACCCUUAUAAAGCUGGUUUACAUUUAAAGUGCAACUAUUUGUCUCUCAAUCAGUCUUUACAGUUUUUUUUCCUAGGUUAGGGGGCAAAGAAGCUUUAUUAAAAUAUAAUGUUGCAAAACAAUACAUGCACAGAUUUGCAUAAAAGAAGAUUUGCAUUAUCGUCUUGUUCUGUCUGUUGUAUCUGUCAGUUUCCUGAACAAGGUAUCUUUAUGUUUCUAUCAUAUUUAAUUUGAAAGCUAUCUGUUAAAAAAGAAUGACAAGAGUAUUUUGGACGAAUAACGGGCAAAAUCACAAAAAAAAGUUUCCAUGGCAAUCACCAUUUGUUAUACAUAGUAGAAGGAGAAUUUCUCGUGAA